GUGCAUGCCGGGAAGUGGAGUUUUCGUAUCUCAACUGCAUCGAAGCGUUUGUUUGGUCUUGCAGGACUCUCGGUCUUAGAAGCCUAAAGUCUUCAAGAACGAAAUUAGUAACGGGAAUUUCAGUGAUGACUUUUUAUUCCCAUUGAGCUUAUUCCAUUACAAAGUAAUCCCAGAACGAGCAGCUUUCCGUUUCCGGUGGGCUUGUUGCCGUGGUAACCAGCACGCCCCCACCAGCUUGGCGGUUAUGGCCGGGCUGAGCGGCGCGCAGAUCCCCGAUGGGGAGUUCACUGCCGUCGUGUACCGGCUCAUCCGGGAUUCGCGCUACGCCGAGGCCGUGCAGCUGCUGGGCGGCGAGCUCCAGCGGAGCCCGAGGAGCCGCGCCGGCCUGUCGCUGCUGGGCUACUGCUACUACCGCCUGCAGGAGUUCACGCUGGCGGCCGAGUGCUAUGAGCAGCUGGGCCAGCUGCACCCGGAACUGGAGCAGUACCGCCUGUACCAGGCCCAGGCCCUGUACAAGGCCUGCCUUUAUCCAGAGGCCACCCGGGUCGCCUUCCUCCUCCUGGACAACCCCGCCUACCACAACCGCGUCCUCCGUCUGCAAGCCGCGAUCAAGUACAGCGAGGGCGACCUGCCCGGGGCCAAGAGCCUGGUGGAGCAGCUACUGGGCGGGGAAGGGGGAGAGGACAGUGGGGGCGAGAACGAGCCCGAUGGUCAGGUCAACCUGGGGUGUUUGCUCUACAAGGAGGGACAGUAUGAGGCCGCGUGUUCCAAGUUCUUUGCGGCCCUCCAGGCUUCGGGCUACCGGCCUGACCUUUCCUACAACCUGGCUUUGGCCUAUUACAGUAGCCGGCACUAUGCCUCGGCUCUAAAGCAUAUCGCCGACAUUAUUGAGCGUGGCAUCCGCCAGCACCCGGAGCUAGGUGUGGGCAUGACCACUGAGGGCAUCGAUGUUCGAAGUGUUGGCAACACCUUAGUCCUUCACCAGACUGCCCUGGUGGAAGCCUUCAACCUCAAAGCAGCCAUAGAAUACCAACUGAGAAACUAUGAAGUGGCCCAGGAAACCCUCACUGACAUGCCACCUAGGGCAGAAGAAGAGUUAGACCCCGUGACCCUGCACAACCAGGCGCUAAUGAACAUGGAUGCCAGGCCUACAGAAGGGUUUGAAAAGCUACAGUUUUUGCUCCAACAGAACCCCUUUCCCCCGGAGACCUUUGGCAACCUGCUGCUGCUCUACUGUAAGUAUGAGUAUUUUGACCUGGCAGCAGAUGUCCUGGCCGAGAAUGCCCACUUGACUUACAAGUUCCUCACACCCUAUCUCUAUGACUUCUUGGAUGCCUUGAUCACCUGCCAGACAGCCCCUGAAGAGGCUUUCAUUAAGCUUGAUGGGCUAGCAGGGAUGCUGACUGAACAGCUCCGGAGACUCACCAAACAAGUACAGGAAGCAAGACACCAUAGAGACGACGAAGCUGUCAAAAAGGCAGUGAAUGAAUAUGAUGACACUCUGGAGAAGUACAUUCCUGUGUUGAUGGCCCAGGCCAAAAUCUACUGGAACCUUGAGAAUUAUCCAAUGGUGGAAAAGAUCUUCCGCAAAUCUGUGGAAUUCUGUAAUGACCAUGAUGUGUGGAAGUUGAACGUGGCUCAUGUCCUGUUCAUGCAGGAAGACAAAUACAAAGAAGCUAUAGGUUUCUAUGAACCCAUAGUCAAGAAGCAUUAUGACCACAUCCUGAAUGUCAGUGCUGUUGUGCUGGCUAACCUGUGUGUUUCAUAUAUUAUGACCAGUCAGAAUGAAGAAGCUGAGGAGUUGAUGAGGAAGAUUGAAAAGGAGGAAGAGCAGCUGUCCUAUGAUGACCCCGAUAAGAAAAUCUACCACCUCUGCAUUGUGAAUUUGGUGAUAGGCACACUUUAUUGUGCCAAAGGAAAUUAUGACUUUGGUAUUUCUCGGGUGAUCAAAAGCCUGGAGCCUUAUCAUAAGAAACUGGGAACUGAUACCUGGUAUUAUGCCAAAAGAUGCUUCCUGUCCUUAUUAGAAAACAUGUCAAAACACAUGAUCGUGCUUCGUGACAGUGUUAUUCAAGAAUGUGUCCAGUUUCUAGAACAAUGUGAACUUUAUGGCAGGAACAUACCUGCCGUGAUUGAACAACCUCUGGAAGAAGAAGGAAUGCAUACUGGAAAGAAUACAGUCACAUAUGAAUCCAGACAGCUAAAAGCUUUGAUUUAUGAGAUUAUUGGGUGGAAUAUAUAGUGAUAUCUGAUAAUGUCUUUUAUCAAAAAAUGGCCUUUAUUUAGAUUUGGUUUCCAGUUUAUCAGUAUUUAUCUUUGGCAUCUUCACAUGUUACACACUGAGCCUUGAACACUUAAAAUUAUAAUAACAAAUAUUCUGCUGGAGGGACUUUUCCAGUUAAUUAAGAAAAGUAUGGAGCCCAUGUAUAAGCUAGCUCACUUUUGUAUUCCCUCUGCCAGUAGUCACCAGGUUUGCCCUCAAGCAACAAUUGGUAGAGUAACAUCUUUGUAUAAGCAAGUAACCCUCAAUAGCAGUUUAUAUCGUAAUUUUAGGCUGUAGAAAAGGUGGCAAGAGCCAAUGAAUUGUUAGAGUGGGUAUGUUUGCUUUCCUCUGGUGACUGCUAUAUAAAUGAUUGCUAGGCCAUGGCUGGACUUUUUUUCAAUCAGCAAAUAAAGACAGGUCCAUUGUGCCAUCCCAGGAUAGAUUGUGCUAUCCAAUAAAACCAAAUCUGACCUUAA